UUAAAUACGUUCAAAUUCACAUAUAUUAAUUUAUAGCUCAUGUUUAAAUUGCGAUAUAUUGAAAACGCAUGAAGAUGCAAUUUCAUGAAGCGAAAAAACAAACCUCUAAAAUUUGCGGAAAGUAAAUAUUUAAAAAAUUGGGAUAUAAAGUGAAUUAUGGCCUUUCAUAGUCGACGAAACUUUAAAGUCCAUAGUGGACAUUUAAGAAUCGGACGAAUGGCCUGUUCCUUGUGUAAUAAUUACAUAAUGGGUAGCUCAUUAUACGUGAUUAUUCUGGGACUCAUUGGGACCGUAGUCACGGCUUUUGACAUAAUACGCACAAUAAAUUAUAAAAUUCCUAGGAUGUCAUCACGCCAUAGGAACAAUCAAGAAGUGCCCUUUAGUGUCGAAAGGGAUUUGAAGUUAAUGACGUCGAUCCUGGGAAUCGAGCAUUAUACUUUAAUUAUGUUAGGCGCGAUCACAGAAUACCCUAUGCUACAUACACCGUGGUUGCUUAUGCAAUUUUGUGUCAUCAUUGUGGAGAUCAUUGUCUUCUUCGUGAGAUUCUUCCUAGAUGGUUUGCACGUCAAACGCAAUGAAAUAUUGCAAGCAAUAUUUACCUUAUACAAUUGGUUACAAGUCUUCUGUCUUUUUCAUCAGCAAACACGACAAGUUAUUUAGAAAUGUUUCAGAUUUUUUAA